GUCUGCGCAGUGGGCAGCGGCGCGAGGGGCGGAGGCUUUAUAACCACUUCGACGCGGCCGCCGCGCUUCUAUCUCGGGGAGGGCGGCUGAGGCGGCGGCGGUCGCGGCGCCGGUUGAGGGGGCGCUGAGGCGGGAGCUGUGGAGGCGCUGGGCGCCCCUCGCUCCUCGGCCUCUGGGGGCCAUGGGCUCUGAGAAGGACUCCGAGUCGCCGCGCUCUACAUCUCUACACGCGGCCGCGCCCGACCCCAAGUGCCGCAGCGGCGGCCGGCGCCGGCGCCUCACCUUCCACAGCGUCUUCUCCGCCUCGGCCCGCGGCCGCCGCGCCCGGCCAAGCCCGCCCGAGCGGGCCCCGCGCCUCCUCAGCUGUCCGCACCGCUCGUGCCGGGACUGCCUUCGCCACUACCUGCGCCUGGAGAUCAGCGAGAGCCGGGUGCCCAUCAGCUGCCCCGAGUGCAGCGAGCGACUCAACCCGCACGACAUCCGCCUGCUGCUCGCAGACCCGCCGCUCAUGCACAAGUACGAGGAGUUCAUGCUGCGCCGCUACCUGGCCUCGGACCCCGACUGCCGCUGGUGCCCGGCCCCGGACUGCGGUUAUGCUGUUAUUGCCUAUGGCUGUGCCAGCUGCCCAAAGCUGACCUGUGAGAGGGAAGGCUGCCAAACGGAGUUCUGCUACCACUGCAAGCAAAUAUGGCAUCCAAAUCAGACAUGCGAUAUGGCCCGUCAGCAGAGGGCACAGACUUUGCGAGUACGGACCAAGCACACUUCAGGUCUCAGUUACGGGCAAGAAUCUGGACCAGCAGAUGACAUCAAGCCAUGCCCACGAUGCAGUGCUUACAUUAUCAAGAUGAAUGAUGGAAGCUGUAAUCAUAUGACCUGUGCAGUGUGCGGCUGUGAAUUCUGUUGGCUUUGUAUGAAAGAGAUCUCAGAUUUGCAUUACCUCAGCCCUUCUGGCUGCACAUUCUGGGGCAAGAAGCCGUGGAGCCGUAAGAAGAAAAUUCUUUGGCAGCUGGGAACACUGAUUGGUGCUCCAGUGGGGAUUUCCCUCAUUGCUGGCAUUGCCAUUCCUGCCAUGGUCAUUGGCAUUCCUGUUUAUGUUGGCAGGAAGAUUCACAGCAGGUAUGAGGGAAGGAAAACCUCCAAACAUAAGAGGAAUUUGGCUAUCACAGGAGGAGUGACUUUGUCAGUCAUUGCAUCCCCAGUUAUUGCUGCAGUUAGUGUGGGUAUUGGCGUCCCCAUUAUGCUGGCCUAUGUCUAUGGGGUUGUGCCCAUUUCUCUCUGUCGUGGAGGUGGCUGUGGAGUUAGCACAGCUAAUGGAAAGGGGGUGAAAAUUGAGUUCGAUGAAGAUGAUGGUCCAAUCACAGUGGCCGAUGCCUGGCGAGCCCUCAAGAAUCCCAGCAUUGGGGAAAGCAGCAUUGAAGGUCUGACUAGUGUAUUGAGCACCAGCGGAAGCCCAACAGAUGGACUCAGUGUUAUGCAGGGUCCAUACAGUGAGACAGCCAGCUUUGCAGCCCUCUCAGGGGGCACUCUGAGUGGUGGCAUUCUUUCCAGUGGCAAGGGAAAAUAUAGCAGGUUAGAAGUCCAAGCCGAUGUCCAAAAGGAAAUUUUCCCCAAAGACACAGCCAGUCUUGGUGCAAUUAGUGACAACGCAAGUACUCGUGCUAUGGCCGGUUCCAUAAUCAGUUCCUACAACCCACAGGACAGAGAAUGCAACAAUAUGGAAAUCCAAGUGGACAUUGAAGCCAAGCCAAGCCACUAUCAGCUGGUGAGUGGAAGCAGCACAGAGGACUCGCUCCAUGUUCAUGCCCAGAUGGCAGAGAAUGAAGAAGAAGGUAGUGGUCGUGGUGGCAGUGGCAGUGGCAGCAAUGAAGAGGAUCCCUCCUGCAAACACCAAAGCUGUGAACAGAAAGACUGCCUGGCCAGCAAAGCUUGGGAUAUCAGCCUGGCCCAGCCCGAGAGCAUCCGCAGUGACCUGGAGAGCUCUGAUACGCAGUCAGACGAUGUGCCAGACAUCACCUCAGAUGAGUGUGGCUCCCCUCGCUCCCAUACGGCAGCCUGCCCCUCGACUCCCAGAGCCCAAGGUGCACCGAGCCCAAGUGCCCAUAUGAACCUCUCUGCCCCAGCCGAGGGGAAGACUGUCUUGAAGCCAGAAGGUGCAGAAGCCAGAGUAUGAAGUGGAAUGAAUGCUCCUGUUCUGAGAAGCACACUUGUUGUAACUGCAUCUUUUGGAAUCUUUUUUUGGGGAGGCGGGGAUUUAUGUAUUUUAUUUCAAAGAUUCUCUUGUCACAGGUUUUCCCCAGGGAAAUUCUGAGAAAUUUGCAGUUUCUUACCAGAAAAGAAAACAGAUUUUUGCCCUUAGUCCUACUCCUCACCCCCUCCCUCUUUUUUUUAGUUUUAAUUUAUUGGUUAAACUGAUGGUGGCAAUCCGUGAGGUGUGUCAAAGAAUGUACAGAUGUAUGUGUGUAUAUUGUAUGUAUGCUAACAUAUUACUGAAGGACACAUUUUAAUAAAGAUUUCUGUCGUAAUUCAA